CGCCUUGCAACGCGCACGGAACCAAACUUGCACAGUCACACAGCAUGGAUGCGAAUUGCAUGGUGCCAAGUCUUGAGUAUGAGUCAACAGAGGAUGGUUCUUUCCCUCUCCUGCCAUCUGCCAUCACUCAUUGCUGAGCGCUACCUCUCCAUCAGAGCCUCGCGAUCCAAGACAUCGAACGCUGACUUUGCGGAUCGAAGCAUAGCUCGUGCUGAAGUGUAGCGCUAUCCUUGGAUAGAGGCGGUUACUACACGCACUAAGACCGGAUCGAAUCUGGGACAACCAUGGCCGCUCCUUUGUACACAACGGCCUCCGGUCAGCUAUUCCAUGCAGGCAAGAUCCUGAUAGCCACCGUUGGCUUACCUGCGCGAGGCAAGACGCAUCUCUCCCACGCGCUCGAGAGGUACCUUCGAUGGAUCGGCGUCAAGUGCGCCGUGCUGAGCCUGGGAGAUUAUAGGAGAAAGGUUCUGGGUGGAGCAGGAAGCGUGCCUGCCGAUUACUUUCAUCAUGGCGCCAAAAGCCCCGAAACAGCCGCAUUGAGAGCAAAAGUGCAAAGCGGAUUCGACGAGUCCGUAUUGCAGUACUUUGCUUCCGGUGGACAAGUGGUCAUCUACGAUGCCAACAACGGUACCGUAUCGCGUCGAGCAGCUCUACGCGAAAAGUUUGGCAAGCAGCUAGGCAUCCACGUCAUGUUUCUCGAAAGCAUCUGUACGGAUCAGUCCAUCGUCGAUGCAAACAUUCGCAGCGUCAAGAUAUCGAGUCCAGAUUACGAGAGCUGGAAACCUGAAAAGGCGGUGGAUGAUUUCAAGAAGCGCAUCAAGGCGCACGAACAGUUCUACGAACCUAUAGAACAACCCAGCUUCCCUUACAUCAAGGUCGUCAAUGUGGGUCAAAAAGUCAUUGUCAACAACAUCCAGGGCUAUUUGCAGUCUCGUCUCGUCUUCUUCCUCAUGAACAUCCACAAUAGGAAUCGCAAAAUCUACUUCGCUCGAGCAGGGGAAGCAUUGAUAGAGCAUCUUUACAAAGCGGAUGCGGAUCUCUCCUCGCUGGGCUGGGAGUAUGCGGACAAGCUGCUCGAGUUCGUGGAACAGAAGAGGAGCGAGAGCAAGGAUCUGGCCGUCAAGCUUGCAAGAGAGGGCAAGCUGGAGAGAGGGCCGGAGGAUGAUGAGCCGGGAAGCGGACCUGGGGAGGAAGGCAAGGUGCUAGAGGUGUGGACUUCGGCAAGGAGAAGGUCUUCGCACACAGCUCUACCUUUUGCCGAAAAGGGCUAUCGCGUCAUCGAAAGGUCGCAAUUGAGCGAAAUGAACCCGGGAGUGGUGGAUGGGAUGAGUGCAGAGGCUAUCAAGCUGCGCUUUCCGGACGAAUGGCAAAAGAAGCUCAAAGAGCCCUACUCGCACCGGUACCCGCGUGCGGAGAGCUACCAUGAUUUGUCGAUCCGGCUUGAACCGAUCAUUUUCGAGCUGGAAAGAGCUUCGACGGACGUGCUCAUCAUAGGCCAGUCGUCCGUCUUGCGAUGCCUAAUCGCCUACUUUCAAGGCUUGACGCCCAACGAGAUUCCAAAGAUCAAGGUACGAGAAGGAGAGCUUGUCAUUCUGUCUCCUCAAGCGUACGGCACAGCGACUCAAAGGCUAGACUUUUGGAACCCCGUGGAGAAGCGGAAGAGCCGCGACGAGGCUAUUCAAGCCGAGAGCGGCGGUGCUGACGGAUUGCCCGCUGCUGGCUUGAGCCUGCACGACGAAGACACGCCAGCAACAGCUGGAUUGGGACCGUCUGCAUGAUGCAUACAUUCGAUCGUUUGAUCAAAUACUCCUACGUCAAGGUUGACAGAUGUACAACAAGUCUCGGGA